AUCACCCAAACGACAAUGUCGUUUUUCUCUCUCACUCCACCAUCAUGUACUGGACUUGUCAAUUGGGAUUCUGGGGUUUUAUCAAUUUUGAAUUUAGGGUUUAUCAAUCUCUUUUUUCUUUUUUUCCAAGUUGCACCAAUGGCCACUGGAACAACAACAACAGCUCCAAUGGGAAAAAAGAAACCCAAUAAGAAGAACCAAACCCCAGAAUCCCAAUUCAAUUACAACCUCAACUUUUACUCAAAAUCAAAAGAUCUCAAUUCUGCUAUAUCUCUUUACAAAACCGCAAUUUCCAAUAAAACCCAACUCAAUCAACAUCACUAUAACACUCUCCUUUACCUAUGCUCAAUCUCUCUUAAUGACCCAUCAGAAAAGGAACUUGCUUUACAAAAUGGGUUUGACAUAUUUGAACAUAUGGUGGCUACUGGGAUCAAACGUAAUGAAGCUUCAAUUACUGCCAUUGCUAGACUUGCUGCAGCUAAAGGGGAUGGUGAUUAUGCUUUUAAUUUGAUAAAAAAUAUGUUGGUUGAUAAUCAAUUACCUCGAUUGAGGACUUAUGAUCCCGUGUUGUUUUGUUUUUGUGAGAAGUUAGAAGCUUUUAAGGCUUACGAGGUGGAGGAUCAUAUUGUUAGUAUGGGAAUGAAUUUGGAGGAGUUGGAGAUUGCUGCAUUGUUGAAAGUUAGUGUGGAGACUAAAAAUAAGGAGAGGGUUUAUGGGUAUUUGCAGAAAUUGAGGAAAACAGUGAGGUGUGUUAAGGAGGAGACUGCAAAAAUAGUUGAGGAUUGGUUUAAGGAUUUUGAGGUGAAUGGGAAGGAAUUGGAUGUGGGUUUGGUGAGAAAGGCUGUUGUGAAGAAUGGAGGUGGGUGGCAUGGGCUUGGGUGGAUUGAGAAGGGGAAGUGGGGGGUGAAGAGAGGAAACAUGGAUAUGGAUGGAAGAUGUUGUUGUUGUGGGGAGAGUUUGGCUUGUGUUGAUAUUGAUGAUCUGGAGACUGAGAGGUUUGCAGGAUCUUUAGCAGGUUUGGCUAUGGAAAGGGAGGUUAAGGCUAACUUUAGUGAGUUUCAGGAUUGGCUGGACAAAAAUGCUGAUUAUGAUGCAAUAGUGGAUGGAGCAAAUGUUGGACUCUACCAGCAAAAUUUUGCAGAAGGCGGAUUUAGCAUUUCUCAGCUUGAUGCUGUUGUUAAAGAACUGUAUGAUCGUAGUGGAAAAUGGCCACUUAUUGUCUUGCAUAAUAAACGGGUGCGGGCAAUCCUUGAAAAUCCUUCCCAGAGAAACCUGAUUCAGGAGUGGACGGAAAAAGACAUUCUUUACACAACCCCUCAUGGUUCCAAUGAUGACUGGUAUUGGCUUUAUGCUGCUGUAAAACUGAAGUGUCUGCUCGUCACUAAUGAUGAGAUGCGAGAUCAUAUUUUUGAACUUUUAGGAAGCAGCUUCUUUCUCAAGUGGAAAGAAAGGCAUCAAGUGCGAUAUACCUUUGUGAAAGGCAAGCUGAAACUUCAGAUGCCACCUCCAUUUUCUGUCCUGAUCCAGGAAUCAGAAAAGGGAUCAUGGCAUGUACCUAUAGCAGGUGAUGGAAAUGAGGAUUCUGCACAAAGCUGGCUCUGCAUCACCCGGUCAAGUGCUUGUUAUGCACCUGACAAAGAUGAGAUGAACAUUGAAACUUUUGAAACUGAGUAUCAGGAUAGGAUACUGUUGAGCCCCUCCAAAGCAAACUCUAUCACAGGUUACAAUGAUAUACUUGACAGCGAAGAAUCUUUUCCGCAUUCAGAGAAUAAACCUGCAACACUGACCGGUAAAAGGAAAGGAAGGUCCACAUCUCCUUCUUAGUUGUAUCUCUCUUGCUACGUGUACACUGAGAAAGCUUGCUUGAGCAUGUCUGUUGUAAGUUUAUACAGUUCCCAGGCAUGGGGAACUACUGAAAUUCUGAACUUCAUAGGUUCCAAUUUUAAAAAUCAUUGGGUCGGAAUGAGUUUUCCAGUAUGUGGUCAAAGCGUUACAUCCUGUAUAGCACAUGGGUUGAUAGAGAUGGCAUUGGGAAAGAAGACUUGAGGAAUUUUGCUGUUGCAAAUUAAGCCAUCAGAAAUUAACUUUAUUACUUUUUGUGCAACUAUCCCUCAACACACAUACUCUCUUGACGUGAGAGGCUGUUGUUCUGAAUGAGUUUCAUUCUGUUCCGCUCAGAAUGACUGAGAUGUAUCAUUUUAUUAUGAAAAACGGAAUACAAUAUUUUUUGUUUCAUAUCAAUCAAAAUCUCGGCCAUUUUAGAUCGGAAUGACCGAGAUUGGACUGAAA